UAUACUUUAGUCAUCAAAAAUGGUAUAAUUAUUAUUAGCGCAACAAAUCAAUUAAAGGUUUCAGUUAAUGAAUUUGUGGUAAAAAUGUUUAUUAGUGGCAAUUAUUCAUCAGAUAAUUAUAAUUCUGAUAAUUUGAUGUCAGAUUACGUCGAGUUUUUGCAAAGUUUGUUAUUAAUUGUUAGCAAUUUCUUUCUGCUUCCGGCCGUCUAUUUGGCCCUAAAAUGCAAAUAUUUAGGCGAAGCUUUCAUCUAUUUUUUGACAAUGUUUUGUUCGAGUUUUUACCACUUGUGCGACAACGACCACAUGAGAUAUUGUAUAAUCAACUACGAAGUGUUGCAAUUUUGUGAUUUUUAUAGCGCUAUACUAACCUUAUGGGUCACAGCUAUCCUCAUGUCUGACAUACCAUACGAGUGGCGAUCAGUUUUACAUUUGACGGGAUCACUAUUUUUUGCCGGACUAUUACGAUCCAAAACUACGGGUGCCAUCAGUUUUGUYGUGCCGGCUGUCUGUUCACUGGUUCUGUUAGGACUUAGUUGGGUAUAUCAAUGUUAUUGUAUGAGAAUAAUGCCCUCCAGCCUGUCAUAUAGCAACUUAAUACCCGGUGCUGUACUCGGGGUGAUCGGUGCUGUCAUGUUUGUGUCACAAGUGACCAUAUUUGGUCAUUUAUACGGUUAUACUCACUCAGGUUGGCACAUAUGUAUGUCAUUAUCCAUAUCCUUUCUAUUACCCAAAACACUAUUAAAUCAAUACCAUUGUCCCCAAUAUUUCGAUACAUUGGAUAUACUUCCCACUUCUAAAUUUGAUAUUUAA